AUGUUCUGUGAAGAUUACCAAAUCGAACAUACUACGUCUUCUCCACACUAUCCACAGUCAAACGGUGAAGCUGAGAGAGGAGUUCAAAUAGUGAAAAGACUAUGGGAGAAAACUCCAGACAAACAUCUAGCACUACUAGAUUACCGUACAACUCCCUUGUCCAGUUGUGGCUUAUCACCAGCUCAACUGUUGAUGAGUCGUAGACCAAGGAACAAACUUCCAACAGCUCGAGAAUUGCUAAAGCCAAGGGCACACAGUCCAACUGAAGUGAAGAGACUAUUAACUAAAGACAAAAUCAAACAGCAGCAUUACUACAACACAAAAGCUGGGAAAGAUUUACCAGUACUUGUUCCUGGUGAUCCCGUAAGAAUGUUACCCUUUCCAGGAUCCAAGAUUUGGUUACCAGCAAAGGUUGUUGAUCACCACAAUUCUCCACGAUCUUAUAUUGUCGAAUACAACGGAAAAAAAUACAGACGUAACAGAAAGCAUCUUCAUCUGUCAACAUACAGAGCCAGGGAACAAGAUCUUCGCUUGUCGACUGUCUGUAAUGAUUUGGUACAGAGCAAACCAAAACAAAUGCCAAACUCGAAUAUUGUUGGUCCACCUAAACAAGCCGAAGUGUCGACCAAAGAUCAGUCAGAAAAGAGACCCAUAAAUAAACCUUUGGAAAGUGUCGUCGAAAAGUGUAUCCUUUCCAAAACUCCAAACAUCUUGAUUAAACACAAAGUGCAAAGUGAUUCAGUGCGACCAUCAGUUGUAACUCGUUCUGGUCGUAUCAGCAAACCACCAGUUCGCAUGGAUGUGUAA